AUGUCAAUUAACGCCUAUAUCAACAAGAAAGUUUUAAUACUUACUGUCGACGGACGAACUCUCCUCGGAACCCUUCUCUCAACCGACCAACUCACAAACCUGGUUCUCCUAGACACAAUAGAACGAAUCAUCCGAACACCCGACGAUCCCGAACCAAGCUCGCAGAUUGAGCACGGUCUUUACUUAAUCCGAGGUGAUAAUGUGGUAUUAUGCGGCGAGGUGGAUGAGGCAAUUGACAAGGAUAUCGACUGGGCCAAGGUGAAGGGCGAGGUGGUGCGAGGGACGAAAAAUGCAUGA